UCACCCACUCGCUCAGUCCCAUCUUCACGCUCAUUCCCCUCACUCACCCACUCCCCCAAAUCCCUAGCCCGCGGCGGCGACGCACCUCCCCCUCACCUGCGUCGGCGAUGCACCUCCCCCUCACCUGCGUUGGCGACUCAGCCGUGUCGCCGCCCUUCUCCCCAAGCGUCGCCUCCUCGCAUUCUCGUCCGCGUCGCCUCUUCCUCUCGCCCGCAUCCUCUGCAUCACGGUCGAGCCAAAGUUGGUUGUUUUAGCGAGGUCGAGUUGGAGCCUGACGAGCGCGGGCACGGCGGCCUUGUUCUGCUCGACGACGGCGGCGACGGACGCUGGCGCUCCUCGUCGCCAUCGACCUGCAAGGAGGAGCGUCGUGUUGGACGCUGCCAUCCCAAACGCUGCUGGUGCUCCAUCGCUUCUAAGUUCCUCGUCACCUGCUCCUAGGUCGCCCCCGAAGUCGAGCUCCCCACGCUCGACCUGCAAGAUGUACUGUGGCCAAGAACUGCUCUCUGCCGCGUGAGUAGAUUGGAAAGGCAAGGCGCAAGGAGCGAUUGGAAAGGCUGCUGCUGCUCCUGGACGAUGCAGCUCCUGAUGCCACUACCCCUUGUCGAUUCGGGCAUGAGCACAUUCUUGGAGUGGAUCUGCAUUUCAAAUAGUUUACAAGUGGGAGUACAUGGAGUACUACAGAUUAAAUCGAGGAGAAGAUGGUCCCUGCUCCGUGAUGAUGCCGCCGUUACCUACGACUUCCUCAACCACCACCACCACGACUUCGUCGAACAUGACUGGGUGUCUGGCCUCCCAUGCUCCAGGAAAGGAAGUCAUGAGGUUGAUGUAUAUGCACACUAAGCGGAUCUGUUGGAUCCCUAUUUUGAACUCUAUUCUGUAUGUAGUGCCAGGUUUUUGAAAAUAGGUACUGUGCGAUUAUUCUGAACUCUAUUCUGGAUGUAGUGCCAGGUUUUUGAAGAUAGAUACCUAAUGCGAUUAUUCUGUAUGAACUUGCAAUACGUACUCCUGAACGGGGAUCAGCGCCGGCCGAGAGGAUGUGCGUGUCCAGAAGGGGAUCGCCAUCGGAUCCUGGGCGCCGGCGUCUCCUUAACGGGAUCGCGGCGCCGUCUCCUGAAGCGAUCCUGAAGUAGAUCGCCGUCUCCUGAAGCGAUCCUGAAGCAGAUCGUACGAUGGACGGGCGGCGGCUUUGAUGUGCGAGGGCGACGGCGAAGGUUAGGAUCGCCCGCGGCACAGGGAUGGAUGUCCGGCGGGGGCGAAGGGGUGGAUCGGGCGUGCGAAGGGCUGGUUGGCGGCGGAGAACGAUCUGCUCGUAGGGUUUUUUUUGGUACGGGUUUUUUUCGCAGGAGGGUUGCGAGUUAACGGAGGUGGGAGGAUGACGAAAAAACCCAGCGAAAAUAAACCGCAGAGACUAUUCAUCAAGUCGUCCAUUAGGAGUAGAGAUUUUUGUUAGCACGUUGCGUUGUCACGCCAUUGUCUCCGUGGACGCGUUGCUUCAUUCAUUCACGCCCCCGCCAUUGUCGUUGGCGCGAAGGCCCGAAACAACAGACGUACGCGUGCCAAAUUAAGGCAGCCCCAAAGGACCGUGCCCUCCGACCAUUCCUCCCGUCACCUCUGUCCUCCCCUCCACAUCUCUCCCGGCGCGUGGUCGGUCGGGGGCUGCCAUUGGCCUCCGCCGCCACCGCCCGGACCACGUACGUCGGCCGAUCGCCCGAUCAACUAACCAGCCUGCAGACCCCUACGCGCGCACGGUGUACGUGUCCCCAUCUCCGAAAAUGCACCGGUGGCUCAUCGGGGGCUGCGGCGACAUGCGCCCGCCCCGCCGCCGCAUCCAAGAACCGCAAGUCCAAGAGGAGCCUCGGCCGCGUCGGCGCACGUCGUCCCCGCCGAAGCUGAGGAAGACGAGCUCGGAGCCGAUUAUGCUCUCCCUGCCCAAGGACCUGGCGGAGUUUCGGGCGAUGUCUGUGUACGGGAACCUCAAGCUCUUCACGUACGACCAGCUCCGGCAGGCCACCGGCGACUUCAGCCCCACCCAGAUCAUCGGGGAGGGCGGCUUCGGCGUGGUCUACAAGGGUGUCGUUGGCGCUAUGGUGGUCGCCGUCAAGCGGCUCAACCCGGAGGGCAUUCAGGGCGACCGGGAGUGGCUGACAGAGGUGAGUUGCCUAGGGCAGUACAGCCACCCGAACCUGGUGGAGCUCAUCGGCUACUGCUACGACGACGACCACCGGCUGCUGGUGUACGAGUUCAUGGCCAAGGGCAGCCUCGAGAACCACCUCUUCCGACGCGCGUGCACCCUGUCGUGGACGACCCGGGUGAGGAUCGCGCUGGACGUGGCGAGGGGGCUGGCCUACCUCCACGGCGCGGCGCGGCCCAUCAUCUACCGCGACUUCAAGACCUCCAACAUCCUGCUCGACGCCGACUUCGGCGCGAAGCUGUCGGACUUCGGGCUGGCCAAGGAGGGGCCGGUGGGCGGGAAGACGCACGUGUCCACCCGGGUGAUGGGCACCUACGGCUACGCGGCGCCGGAGUACAUGGCGACGGGGCACCUCACGGCGAUGAGCGACGUCUACGGCUUCGGCGUUGUGCUGCUGGAGAUGCUGGUGGGGCGGCGAGCGCUGGAGCCGAGCCUGGCGGGGAGGGCGGGCAACCUGGUGGACUGGGCGCGCCCGAUCCUCAUCCGGGGCAGGAAGCUGGAGAAGAUCGUGGACGCCAGGAUGGCGCAGCAGGGCGCCUACUCGGCGCGCGCGCUGGAGCGGGUGGCGAGGCUGGCGUACGACUGCCUCAGCCAGAACCCCAAGGUCCGGCCCGCCAUGAGCCGGGUCGUGCUCGUGCUCGAGGCCGCGCUCGCCAUCCCGCCGGAGGAGGUGGACGACGGCGAUGGAGGCCGUGGCGGCGGCGACGCCUCUCCGACUCCGGGCCGGUGAUCGAUGUGUUGUACGCGAUGUUGUGUAUGUAGGUUUUUGUUUUGGUAACUGCGAGAGGUAGGUGUGUGUGGGUGCGUGUAAAUUUAAAUGUGGAGAGAAAGCGCGGUUUGUGGACGAACUACUCAAAAUCGUUUUUUGUUCAAAAAUAAAAUGUGUUCGUGAUGGAUA